CGCGACGAUACAGCGACGUACACACAGCUAUUCUUCUGCACGAGACGGAACGUGACCGGACCAUCUCAACCACAGCAGACUAGCUCGGUGAUUUUGUUAGUUGCAGAACCGUUUUGGUUCCCCUAAUCGUCACACGAAUUAAUAUCUUGUAUCAAAUAAAUUCGGUAUUAUCUACAUUAAAGAAAGAUGAAGACUAAGUUCAUCAACGGGGUGUCCUCAUCCCCUUCCAUGUCCCUGAGUUUAUUGGUGACCGAGAACGAGCUUCAGGUCCAGCCUGAUACCGAGCCUGACUGCAAAGCUUUUCGAGCAGAUGAGCCCGACCCUGAGACCAAGCACAAGGCGUACCUGUGGUGCAAAGAAUUUCUUCACGGAGCCUGGAAGUCUAUUGAGGAGGAGGAUUUUCAGAUAACUGCAAUCAGAGGGGGUCUCAGCAACAAGCUAUUCCUCUGCGCAUUACCCGAGGACCAGCAGAGCAAUGGGGACGAACCAAGGAACGUGCUGCUUCGCCUGUAUGGAGCCAUACUGCAGGUGUGUUUCCCACUCCAUGAUUCAAUUCUGCAUGGCAAGAUGUCCUGUAAUAAAGGAGACUGUGGACAGUCAAACACAGAAAAUCAUUUUCAGGGAGCUGAAGCUAUGGUCUUGGAAAGUGUGAUGUUUGCCAUACUGGCAGAGAGGCAGCUUGGGCCUAAGCUCUAUGGCAUCUUUCCCCAGGGGAGACUGGAACAGUAUGUGCCGAGCCGCAAGCUUACCACAGAAGAACUGGGAAAUCCAAGUUUAUCUGCUGAGAUUGCAGAGAAAAUCGCUAAGUUCCACAAGAUGAGGAUGCCUUUUAACAAAGAGCCAAAAUGGCUGUUUGGCACCAUGGAAAAAUACAUGAAUCAAGUGCAAAGGCUGACCUUCACCAGAGAGAUCCUCCACCAUAAAUUCAACCGUCUUAUGAGCUACAACCUGCCUCAAGAGAUGGAGAACCUCAGGUGUCUCCUGGAAUCCACCCAGUCUCCUGUUGUUUUCUGCCAUAAUGAUUUACAAGAAGGAAACAUCCUUCUUCUAAGUGUCAAGGAGAACAUAGAAAAGCAGAAGCUUAUGCUGAUUGACUUUGAGUACAGCAGCUACAACUACAGAGGAUUUGAUAUAGGGAACUUCUUCUGUGAAUGGAUGUACGACUACAACUGUGACACACCUCCGUUUUUCAAAACCAAUACCAAGAAUUAUCCAAACAAAGCUCAGCAGAUGCAAUUCUUUAAAAGCUACCUGUCUGAAUAUGACCCUGAAGUGUUAAACUUUAGUGAGGAAGUCCAGAUAAAAAUCAAAGAGGACAUGUUGGUAGAGGUUAACAGGUUCGCCCUUGCGUCACACUUCUUCUGGGGCCUGUGGUCCAUAAUUCAGGCAAGACUUUCCACCAUCGAGUUUGGCUACCUGGACUAUGCCACAGCCAGAUUUGACGCAUACUUUGAGCUCAAAAAGGAGCUGGGAGUUUAAAUGCAGUGUUAUUACACAAGGGACUGGUGCUGCAUAUGCAAUAGUGUACCAUGCUACUUCGCAGAGUUUAUCUCAUGUUUCAGCUCCAAAAGCUCAACACAUUUUCAUGAUGCUGAAAGCUUCUGGGCAGCUUAAAAAAAAAACAAAAACAAAUGGAAAAUGCAUACAUGUAAAAUUACCAUUAUAGAGUCAUGGGUUGGCUUUAAAAAAAUUCUAGAAUACAUUGCUGCACUAACAUUUAGAAGCUAGAUUCCACCUGAUUUGGUGGAAGCACUUGACCCAAAGAGCCAUGUGUAUCUGCUUUUAUUAUGGCAAGCAAUCUCUGCUGCAUUAUCUUUUCAACCUGUGCUAGGAAAUGUGAAAAUGAGGUUCACAACUGUGGACCUUGAUCUAUAGAGCAGUACAACAGACCAAAUGCAUUUGGCACUGUAGAUUUCCAAUGCUGUGAGACAUGCACAUACAUGCAUUCAACUUUUUUUUAGUGAAGCCUUACAAUCUUUUUUGUGGUUUGUUUACUUGUCUUUCACUACUUAAACAACUAUGAAACUGAUUGUUUUUAACGGUAGUAGGUUUAAGGGGGCAAUAGUGUUAAACAGAUCCACAGUGUUUCACAUUGUGGAUACAGUGGUCACUAUCGUCUUUUGUUACAUAUUGACAAUCCUUCCCCAUUUUUUUUUUAAACAUGAGAAAUGUUUUUUUGGGGUCUAAUGUUGGUAUAUAAAUGAAACUGUGAUAACCUUUUUUUAAAAAUCUUUUACAAUCUUAGCUACUAUUUUUGAGUAUCACAUUUGUUAUAUUUAGCUCUGACUAUAUUAUAGUGAUAGUAUAUUAAUUUGUUAACAUUAAUGUGAGUGUCACUCUAUACAAGACAUGUAAAAUGUAUUUCUAAGUGGAACUUCUCUUUUUUCCUUUAAUGGAAGAUGCAUUUUUCUUAAUAAGAAAGUUGGGUUUUGUGAAGGGAUUUGUUGUUAAUUCCUUUAUCUUCUACAUCUUCAGUGUGACAUGUAAGGGACUUUUAGUUUUACACCCUACCUUUUAAAGCUGUAAUCAAUUCAUAAACAUUCUGCCAAUUUAAUCACAACUUCUAAUAGAAUAACAAGGGGCCAAUGGAAAACAAAGAGUUUUGUGUAUGAGUAGUAUAUGAGUGAAUGUAAUGAUCUGAUGGUAUAAAUCAUAUACUGCAAUUCCAGAUAUUAUUUUGUUUAUUUAACAUUAUGUAUGUAUAAUAGUAAACGACAAUUCAAAACCAAUCCACAGUUUGCUCUUUUUAUAUUGUAAUAAAAGGAGAAAUAAGCCUUUUGAUUUUACACAAACUAACCCAUAGUUCUAUAGUAAAUGCUUUGCUCAUAAAAAAUGAAUGGUCUGUUAUUAACAAUUCAAUAAAUAAAUAAAUAAUUACACAUUUGAUGGUUCAAUUUA